UCUUUUGUAUACAGAUUUUUAUGAGCAUCCGUUAAAUUAUGAAUUGAUUAUGACUUGGGGUUUUGUCGGCGGGGUGACGAUUUGUUGGUUCGUGAAAUAUCUCGGAACGCAGCGGCUGAAAUUCAAUGUGUCAUUGCGACACCAGCGUGCCGCAGGGUGUGAACCAAUGUAUGUAUUUAUCUCAGGGUGUUGUUCACCUCCGAGUCUGGCUGGCUGGCCCCGCCUAGGACGAGUAAUCGACGCGUCCUGGAAGAAGCCGUCGGUGAUUGGCCAGAGCAAGCUGGAAAAAGUAGUGCUUAAUUGUAUUUUGGACCAAUGGGGAUGGCGAUUGGCCAAUUAGCAUGACAAACGACAGUGGUGACAGGUAAGCAGACAAGUAGUGGCACGCGGUGAGAACCUCAGGGGGCUAAACCUUCUGAUUAUCUCGUUAGAUGCCUCUCUUAUGACUGGCCCAACUAUUUCCACACUUCCAUACAUAUUUGAUUCGGGAAAAUCUUACCCAUAUGACGACCAUAUUUCAAUUUCUGCGUGACUGGCUCAGUUGUUAGCGUUCCUGCCAGCUACUUAUUGAUACAGCAACCACUUCCCUCGAUGGACUACCUCAGCGUACCAAACUGGCAGAACCAUUACUAGAAACUCAGACUUCACUUUGGAUACAGACAAGUCAACAAACUUGCUAAGAGAGAGCUACAUCGUCGAAAUACUUCCAACCAAAUCGAAACCAAAAGAAGUGCGGCUUACUCAAGAUGACUUCAACCAUGAAUGAUCUCUACACCCCGCUACAGCGGUUGUCGACCGCCCCUCUCCGGCAGCCUCGGAGCCAGACAACCAGACCUUACACAUCGUUCUACAUCAAAGACAUACUGGGAUCACAGAUCAGUACCAAUGAUAACAACACCGAGAGUUCAUCCCCGACUCAUUUUAGGAGGAGGGAGUCCUGGUCGGGCCCGCCAUCGGUACCACGCCCGAGGCUAGGGCAUCAGAGAUCGACUGAGGAGGUGAAAACAGUCAAACAGACCAGGGAGAAUGGAGAUUCGCCCCUCAGUGCUCUUGAAGAGCUUGCUAACAAGACGUUCACGGGCCCGGAUACCAGUAUACUACGAGCCGCUGAAGCUACGACAACGAACAAGCGGGAAGCUAUCUCACUUAUGAACCGCCAGCAGCCGCGUAAGAAGAGGAAAUCCCGCACCGCCUUCUCCAACCACCAAAUCUUCGAACUGGAACGUCGAUUCCUCUACCAAAAAUACCUUACCCCUGCCGAUCGCGAUGAACUCUCCUCGACACUCGGUCUCACCAACGCCCAGGUCAUCACGUGGUUUCAGAACAGGAGGGCGAAGCUCAAACGCGACAUCGAUGAGCUGAAAAACGAUGUCCGCGCGACGUCAACCAGCCCUACCCCUACCCACAAAGACGAUAAGGGUUACCUGACCACCGAGUCCCCGAUGUACGAAGAUGGCGAGUUUUACACUGAAGACUCGUCGUCGGAGCUGAUGUCGCCGAUCGACUCGCGGCAGAUUGGAGGAGGUUGCGAUGGAAACGAUGGCGGGGACGAACACGAUAAGAUGAGCGUUCAUUACGUUGAUUCGGACAACGAGGAAGACACGAGCAUGUCGAUCUCCAAAUUGUCUCCUUCUCCCGCCGACAUCGAUCUGGAUGACCGGGACGUCGAUCAUGAUAAGAACAGAGGACAAAGAACGGAUUAAUAGGAGAACGAGACACUCGGUGCCUAAUGUACUAAAGCCAAAUUAAGACACAUUUAUCUUUGCUAUAUACGUCCUUUGAAAAUGAUAUAAUCGGCAGGUACGAUUUAUAAUCAAUUGCAGACAAGGCAAUUAUACAUUGAUUGGACAGCGUCUGGCUGUCAUAAACAAGUUCUUAUUUCACUGAUGUACAGCAUGGCCUAGCUGCUAUACAAUGAUAAAAGUAUACCCCUUCACGAUGCAAAGAUUCCGCAGGAACAACUGUCUGCCUUUCGAAGGAUCAUCUUCAUUAGUUUUUUUUGUCUACUCGUGUUUCUAAUAGAACAGGCAUCUUGCUGGGUUGUCUGACUGUUAGGGCUCAGCUGCCCUACCCCAAGCCAGCCACCCCCGGUACGAUGGGUUCCGGCAGGAGUGGGUACAUUUCGGAAGUGGAAUUUUCAGACUGACAUAUGUCUUGGGGCACACCGUUUGCUCUCUCAGAUAUUUAUAAGGAUUUUUAAAAACUUUGUUCAAAGAUCUACCUACUCAUGUGUCUGGGAUGUCACAUAUUUUUGGCAUGAGGUGAUUUUCUGAGUCAUACUCCUGUAAUUAUGUUCCUGGUAUGAAUAAGGCAUGCCUUUCAGUACAAAUAUCCUAAAGAUUAUUUUCCCUUAUAUCAUUGUACAUUAACUCAAAGUGCCAUAUCAAAAUAUUGUUUAAAAGUAAUAUUGUUAUAAUUAAAGUGCCCACAAUGAUUGGUUAUUGUGUAACGUAAUGAUAAAACAAUCAAUAUCUUACCAAAGAGAGAUAAUGCUCUGACCUAUUUUAAAGGAAAUAGCUACACAUAUUUUGACAAAUUAUGAUAAAUCAUAUGAACGUUGUAUCUAGCAUUAAACAAGCUUCAUCCAUUACAGUAUCUCUCGUCGAUGGGAAUUUAACUUUAAAAAUUUCUUACAAAAACAAUUUUGUGUUCAAAAUCAAUGAACAAAUCAUGGUUACACAUUUUGUAGAUAGUAUAACUUUAUAUUUGUUAUGCAUGAAAUCCUAUUCCGGGUAUUACCGUCCAACCGAUCAACGCAUUUAAUGAUUAUAAAAACACCAAUGGCAUGCGAUUUAGUAGAAUACUCCGAUCAGAUGAAGUGUCUGCUUAAACAUUUUAUAACAAAAUCAGGAUAGCACUUCAUAUCAGUUUUCAUGCUUCAAAAAGUUUUUUUUAAUUUUUUUUUAUCUUCUAUUGCAUUGGUGUUUCGAUACGCCUAAUCAAUUUACUCUAUCUUUGGUAAAGUUUUUACGACAUUAUCCGGCUUACUCCUUGGGAUUAGAUAUUGAGAGCAGUUUAAUUCCCCCAAAAAUAUUCUCAUCCAUUGUCUAUUUGUUGAGGUAUAAAAGGAAUACAAUUGACAAAACACAUGCAAAUUCAUAGCGCUGUAUUAUUUUUGAUACGAUUAAUUUGGCAUUGAAGUUAUUGCACACCUUUAAUAAUUUUGUUGACACCUUGAUCUGAAAGAUCACCAUGAAAGUAUUGAUAAACUGCUAACAGCAAUGUAUGAUGUACUUUUACACUUAGACAGAAGAUUGUAAAGAAGACAACAUAAAUGUAUAAAUUGUAAUUAUAUUUAUCAGAUUACUUUGAAAGAAAUCAAUCGUGCUUCCUAUUUGAUGUUGAAAAUAAAUAUCUUUGUAAAAAUCA